AUGGCGCACAGGAAACGUCACGCCGAGGAUCCCCUCGACGAAAUCGCAGGGAUCGACUCACCCGCGUCGAAACGCUCACGAACCGUCGACUCCCUCAUCUCCAACGGCUCGCUCGAAAACGGGCACGACACAGCGACGACGGACGACGCAACACCCACAAACGGCACGGCCGAGAUACCGUCACAAGACGACGAUGCCGAAAGCGACAGCGAAAUAGAGGAAGACGCGCCGGUGCAAGUCCCAAUCCGCCAAUCGGCGCCGACGGACGGCUACGACGACCUCUACCUCGACACGAUAGACCGCAACGUGCUCGACUUUGAUUUCGAAAAGCUCUGUUCCGUCAGCUUGUCCAACAUCAACGUCUACGCAUGCCUCGUCUGCGGCCGCUACUACCAGGGCCGCGGCCCCAAAUCGCACGCCUACUUCCACGCCCUCGACGAGAAUCACCACGUCUUCAUCAACAUGCAGACGCAAAAGGUCUACGUCCUCCCGGAAGGGUACGAGGUCAAGUCAAAGUCCCUUGACGACAUUAAGUUCGUCUCGGACCCGCGCUACACGAAACCCGAAGUCACCGCCCUCGACCGCACGCCGCUGCGCGCGUCCUUCACGCUCGCGGGGAGAGAAUACGCCCCCGGCUUCGUGGGCAUGAACAACCUGAAGGAGAACGACUACCUCAACGUCGUGGUUCAGGCUCUGGCGCACGUUGCUCCCCUGCGCAACUUCUGCCUCCUCGAGGACCUCUCCUCCCGCUCCGAGCUUGCCAAGCGCUUCGGCAUCCUCGUCCGCAAGAUCUGGAACCCGCGCGCCUUCAAGGCUCACGUCUCCCCCCACGAGCUACUCCAGGAGAUUUCCCUGCUGUCGAAUAAGCGCUUCACCCUGACAGCGCAAUCCGACCCCGUCGAGUUUCUGUCGUGGUUUCUGAAUAAUCUGCACCUGGGCCUCGGCGGGUCCAAGACGAAACCCGGCAGCUCCGUCGUACAGCGCAUCUUCCAGGGGAAGCUCAAAGUCGAGUCGCAGGCCAUCACGGCGCGCGCCGACGCGGGCGACCGCCUGCGCUUCGAAGACGCCGCCGUAUCAGUCACAUCAUCCCGCUUCAUGUUCCUCACCCUCGACCUCCCCGCGGCCCCCCUCUUCCAAGACGAGCUCGAAAAGAAUAUCAUCCCGCAAGUGCCCCUCACGACCAUCCUCUCCAAAUACGACGGCAUCCACGCGCAAGAGCACCUCGCCCAGCGCAAGCGGUAUCGCCUGCUGCAUCCCCUACCCCCCUACCUCGUCCUCCACGUCAAGCGCUUCAGUCAGAACAAGUUCGUCUCGGAGCGCAACCCGACGAUCGUCACAUUCGACCCGCGCGGCCUCGACAUGAGCCCCUACGUCGAGCCGAACCCGGGCGAGUGGCCCCCCGGGGAACCCAUCUGGUACGACCUCGUCGCCAACGUCGUCCACGAGGCCGUGCGCGCCAAGGAGGAUGUCGCGGACAGCGGGGAGGAGCGCAAGACGUGGAAGGUGCAGCUCAAGGACAAGGGGCGCGACGAGUGGGUAUCGUGCCAGGAUCUGUUUGUGGAAAAGGUGCAGAGCGAGCUGUUGUACCUGGGCGAGACGUAUCUGCAGGUGUGGGAGAGGCGGAGGACGCCGAGGAAAGCGUAG